GGUUAAUUGCACCGACUGUCACUUAAGUUUACAAUUCGUUGCACGGUAACCACCUAAAUACGUUUCGUUGCAAGCUAACCACUUACGUCGAAUAUACGUUGCAGCGUCACCAUUUCCGUCACUUUAACUAAUGGCAGGUACCAAAAGAAAAUUUUCCACGCCAUGUCAACUUGCCACGUCAGCUCCAGCCACCUAUUCAUACCUGGUUCACCUCAUCUACACAAUUUCACUACUAUUUUAUGGCCCUCCUCUCUCCCUUUCACACCCAAAAUAAGAAUCUCCUCACCAUUAUCUCAUCUCCAAUCCUUUCCUCUUCCCAAAUCUUUGCUUUUAAUCUGAGGAACGGUUGAGGGCGAAAUCUAUGAUGAUUUCCUUUUGGACUCUUCCUUGUCGCUCCCGCUGUUAAUGGAUCUUCCCUACGGUCACAACGAUUUCGCCAAACUGACGUCAUCUAGAACAGCAGCGGCUGCGGUGGGGGAAGGCAGUUUCAAUUAUGGGUUCCCCAAUUCCUGCAAAGUAGUCAAUAAUUACCAUCUAUCUACUUUUCUGAAUUUGGCGAUGGGGUAUUUGCAAGGCGGCGGCGGACAAUCCAACUUCCAAGGUCGAGCAGUCGAAGGUAAGCGCAAGACACUGGCUGAGUACGGACAAUAUGAGCGCCACACAGGAGAUCUCGUCGGCGGACGGGAAGGGAUACGAUGGGUUGGAGGAUCCGACGUCGGCGGGAGGGUCAUCGAGUAUGGCGGAGUUGGACUGUUUCUGGGAUAACUACUGAUCGUGAUUUAUUCGGGUUCAUGAAUCAAUCGUGAUUCUUAGACCCACCCACCAUGGGAUUGUUUGAUUAAUUAAUUAAAUCAGUAUUAAGGGUGAUUAUAAUUAGGAGAUUAAUAAAUUGGGGGAGGGGGGAAAGAAAAAGUGAUUAAUUCACUCACCCAAAAUAUGAGAAGAAGCAUAGUAAGCACUAGGUCAGAGCUGUGAAACUCAAAUUAAAAGCAAAGAUUCUCGUGGCAAGUCUGACUAGGCGGCUGUAGCUGACGUGGCAAGUCGACAUGACAUGGAAAAUUUUCUUUUGGUACUUGUCGUUAGCUAAAGUGACAGAAAUGAUGGCGCUGCAACGUUUAUUCGACGUAAGUGGUUAGCUUGCAACAAAACAUACUUAGGUGGUUACCGUGCAACGAAUUGUAAACUUAAGUGACAAUCGGUGCAAUUAACCCUCCAACUACCCGUUCAGAAUUGUAACAUAAUGACGGUCAGGACUGGCCGGCGCUAGAGGAUUAGCAUUCCCGACUUUCCCCCCUUCUUUUUCACUUUGCAUGUGGAUCUCCAAGAAAGAAGGCAAUAAGAGAGCAAGCCAGCCAACCCAAACAUACAAAUCACAGACAACAUCAAAGCAAAAUAUCACAAAUGAUGUUGAGAACCCACCAGUAGUACAACCUCAUUCUCAUUCACUAACACCACCAUCAACAGGUGGCUGUUAAUCACUUGCUCUCCUCAUAUUGAAGAUGUGAGGUAGAAGACCAAAAAAAUCAGUAGCAGCUGUAAAUGGCAAAGCAGGAAGGGCAUCAAGACUACACAUCAUGUUUAUACAUUACUAUUUUGCUCUCUAAAUAUGUCUUAGUUACCAUUCCCAUUACUGAAAAUUGGGAUUAUGUUUGCACAUUAUAGAUAUGGCCGAAUGCUCUAUCUGAACUAAUGCUUAUAUAAGCGCAUAGAGUUUGAUAAUAAAAUCACACGAAUUUAACUUUAAAAAUCAACCAUCCAUUCACCCAUCACAGCACUAAUGUUCUAUAAAGUCAACCAUGAGCAUCACUCGCGCGUACCAAGUCAAAUGCAGAGGUUCAUUACACAACAAUCCUCGUUUAGGAAUUCUGAGCUUAUCUCUACGGAUGUUUAGUAAUGUAGCCUUAUUGUCUUAGUCUAACCCAAAAAAGAUUUAAGAUUAAAAUAUAUGGUAAUUGCAAGUUAUCGGUAGAUUAAUUAAGAGCUUAAAUUUGCUCCUAGGUGCAAACUUGGAAGCUACGAUAUGGUUCUCAUGUGUAGGCUAUGGAGGAGAAACCAAAAUCUACAUGCAAUAAAUUCAAAGGUUUAACAAAAGAGAGAAAAAUGGAAUAUGCACAGGGGUGGGCAUUCGGUAGGUUCGGUUCAAACCGAAACUUAAACGAAAACUAACUGUAACCCAAACUUAAACGAAAACCCAACACCAAGAUGCAUGUGAGUGUACGUAGUGAAAUCAUAUACUACUGGAACUGAGAAACCCAACUGAACUCCAAUGAAACCCAUGACUGUAGGUUAUAUCCACAUCCCCUUCCAAAUUUCUAAGAGGAGAGUUUGGAUGUGGCAGAGGCAUAGGCACAAAGGGAUCGAGAAGGAAACUAAUAAGUGAACAAAACCAAAUAAUCACUAAUUGAACACUGCGUCACAAAGGGAGAAUUGCAAUGAAACCACAUAGAGCUAAUCACUCAAUUCUGGGCCAUAUAAAAAUGGGAGCUGAGUUCAUCAUAACUUAGUUAAGUCGGUUUAUACUAUAGCUGAGUUCAUCCUAAUUACAGUGCUCCUUAUUAUAAUAAAUUAUAAUCAUUUAUGGAAUAAAUAUUAUUUUUUUCAUGUUCUUCCAUAUUUGAAAUUUGUAGGCAUAAACCUUUUCGUAAUUCUCUUAAUUUUUUAUACCUUAAACCAAAGAUUUAUUCUUUAUAAUUUUUUUAGUUGUUCAAUUCCCACAAUUCUAAAUGACAUAUAUUUCCUUCCACUCCAAAUUCAUAUCCGGCAAUAAGAAGUGCAAAAAAAAUUUCUAAGAUUAAAAAACAAUACAUGUUAAGUUAUUACUGUUAAUGUCAUAAUCUAAAAAUAUCAUAAAGAUUAUUUUGAAAUAAUGAAUUAAUAAUUUUAGAAUGUCUUAAUUAUAUAAAAAUAUAAAAAAUUGAUCAACAUAAAAUAAAAUAAAACAAUCUGACCAACGAGUCGGGUAAAAAAUAAUAUGAUUGAAUAAGUGAAUAAAGCUACAAAAUAAACUAACUUUUAAUCUUUGACACAUGGGGAUGGCAAAAAUAUUCGUAACCGUGGAUCUGCCCGAAUCCGACCUUGUCAGGUGAGUAAAACCUGAACCCGAAGGACUUUUAGCGGGUACGGGUAAAAACCGAACCCGAAUAUUGCGGGUAAUAGGUGGGCAUGGUUUUCUCACUAUCCAACCCGAACCCGCCCGAUAUACACAUGCAUAUGUAUUUUGUCUAGAAAUAAUCAUUAUUUUUCUCUAAUAUAUUUUAUAUUUAGUAUAUAAAUAUAAUUUUUUCAUGAAAUUGUGUUGUUUUAAUGAAUUUUCUUCAUUCUAGUGAAUUAUUGUCAUACUUUUUGUCUUACGUAAUGUGAGAAUACAUGUGAUAUUAACAU